AUGGAGAAUGCCACAGGCAAGAGGGCGGCGCCCUUGUCUGUUCAGCUGGAAUUCGGAGGUGGAGCAGAACUCCUGUUUGAUGGGGUAAGAAAACAUCAGGUGAAUUUGCCCAACCAGCCUGAACCUUGGAAUGUCCGACAUUUGCUGGUGUGGAUUAAAGAGAAUCUGCUGAAAGAGAGGCCAGAAUUAUUUGUGCAAGGAGACUCCGUGCGCCCAGGAAUUCUGGUGCUUAUCAAUGACGCAGACUGGGAGCUGAUGGGCAACCUGGACUACGAACUGCAAGAUCAGGACCACGUGGUUUUCAUCUCCACCUUACAUGGCGGUUAAGCAGCCGGGGAGGGGGCCAAAAGCAGCAACGACAAAACUAAACUGUAUCCUGCAAGAGGAAAGAGGCCGGUCUUUGCUCUCAUCCCAGCUGGGUGGAGCUGGCCUCUUAAGAGGACCCUCCUUAAGAAAGCCGGUUUUUGGAGCGCUUGGAUCUGCCUUCCCUCUGCAGGUUUGAAUCCCAGCCAGGGAUCGGAAAGACGUGACUUUGGAGCCCUUUCUCUUCGGCUCUGGGUCAGGCAAGUUUCUUGACCGUGAUUGACUCUGAGAAAGGGCUGGGCGAACCGAGGGCUGCAGCCGAGCUCUGCUGUGGCUUGUGGUGGCUGUUUGGUGUCCGGUGAACAAGAAGCCCCCUCUUUUUCUCCCUGGCAGCCAGAAGAGGCCAUCACAGGACCACCGUCUGCCUUUGCUUGUCUCCGUUGGAACUGCAGACCCCAACUAGCAUUUCUGGUCAAACUGAAAAUUCCUCUAUCUGUGCAGCCAACCUGCAAAUGCUUGCUUUAAAUUUAGGGGGGCAAGGGAUUCCCUCGCUUGCUUUUUUUUAAUACAUGUUAAUAAAGCAUUGGAUAGAGCUGAGAUCUCCUUGCUAAUGCUUCUGUUUGCCUCCUGCUAUGAAUUGUUUGUGUACCCUUUCAUCUGCCGUGCCAGAGGCCUGCUCUGUUGCCAGCUGCUGUAGCAGUUAAUAAAAGUGCUACCCCUG